AUGGUGUGGCCGUUCGGCGGCAGGAGGAAGGCCGCGUCCACGACGGCGGACUCAGGUGCCAAGGCGAUCUCUGCCGCGGACGAGGGCCUGCAUGAGGAGGCCUGGAGCGACGGGAAACAGGAGGUCAAAGUGUACCAGCCGGAGGGGCUGAUGUGCCUCGUGCAGGUCCGCGCGCGCGUCCCGCUGUCCCCGCAGGAGAUCUUCGACAUCCUCACCUCGGACACCAACCAAGAGGUGUUUCGCAACAUGGUGGGCAUCAAGUCGCGGAAGAUCCUCGAGGACGACGGGCGCGGGCGCAUGAAGCUCCAGCUCGAGCAGGAGGGUCGCUGGCGCUUCCUGAUGUUCCGCGGGAAGUUCCCCGUCAACCUCCUGGUCGAGCAGGACCGCAACAAGGGCUUCAUUAAGUUCCGGCUGCUCAAGACGGGCUUCAUGAAGGUGUUCGAGGGGGAGUGGGAGCUCAAGCACUACACGCACCACAACGUCGAGCUCGCGCGCCAGAAGGACACCGUGCAGGCGGCCGCGAGCGGCAAGCGCCGCAAGGGGGCGCCGGUGGCCGCGGCGCCGGGCAAGGACUCCCAACACAAGUUCGGGAUGCCGUCGCUGGACCUGUCUGGCCUGCCGGGAUUCCUGCGGCCCGCGGCUGCGAAGCGCGACACGCUGGUGACGCUGCGGCAGUCGCUGAAGCCUGCGGUGACCCCGCCGCCCCCCCUGGACUCGUACGUGCGGCGGAUCUCGGCCAAGGUGACGCGCGAGGUCAUCGAGGACCUGCAGAAGGAGGCCGAGCGGCGGAGAAAGAAGGAGCGAGCCGCGAAGGCCCAGACAGCCGCAAAGUCGGCAUGA